GAAGUGACUUAGACACAUACCAGAGCCAGUUUCUGGAACUUCGGCAAAGACUACUGGAUGCUGAAAAGGAAAGUAAAAAAAGUUUACACGAACUGAGCAGCACUCUAGAUGAAAUUAAACAUAUAGUUGCAAAAGGAAUGAACUUGACAACAAAUCAUACAGAUGGUAUGAAGUGGAAAGUGUUAAACAUCCCCAGAAAACCCGCUAUGCAUCUUACAAACAUGUACUAUUAUCUGCCUCACCUUCGAGAAUAUGAAGAUGCCAUUUUUCCAAAUGUUCUUUUUGGGCAAGAGAGAACUGGAGUCUCACUGGUGAUGGGUAUUCCUACUGUGAAAAGGGACAAACAACAUUAUCUGAUGAAUACGCUGCAUUCCCUAUUGUAUGAACUUUCUGAAGAACAAAAGAAUGACUGUGUAAUAAUUGUCUUUGUAGCAGAGGUGAAUGCAGAAUAUGUUAACAGUGUUGCAGAAAGUGUUAAAUCCAGCUUCCCCAUAGAAAUCCAGUCUGGAGUUCUAGAGGUUAUUUCUCCUCCUGCUUUUUAUUAUCCAGAUCUUUCCAACCUGAAGAAAACAUUUGGGGAUUCAGAGGACAGAGUAAGGUGGAGAACUAAACAGAAUUUGGAUUAUAGCUUUUUAAUGCUAUAUGCCCAACCUAAGGGAACAUUUUAUUUACAGCUGGAAGAUGAUAUUAUAGCCAAACCUGAUUAUAUUCAAAGUAUAAAAAGCUUUGCUGCUAAACAGUCCCAAGAGUGGAUGAUUCUUGAGUUCUCCCAGCUUGGAUUUAUUGGAAAAUUGUUUAAAUCAGAAGACUUGCCACUCAUAGUGGAUUUUUUUCUCAUGUUCUACAAAGAUAAACCCAUAGACUGGCUUCUAGACCACCUGCUCUGGGUUAAAGUGUGCAAUCCAGAAAAGGAUGCAAUACAGUGUGGAAAGGAAAAGGCAAAGUUACGUAUCCGUGCUAAACCAUCCCUUUUUCAGCAUGUGGGAAUUUACUCGUCAUUGGCUGGGAAGAUACAGAAUUUGAAAGAUAGAGAUUUUGGCAAAAAUAUGCUCUAUAAAGCACAUAAUAAUCCACCUGCAAAAGUGGAUACAAGCCUAAGAAUAUAUCAGCAGUAUACUUUGGAAAAAGUUUAUAAAGGAAAAGACUCUUUUUGGGCUUCAGCUCCAGUGGCUGGGGACUAUAUCAGCUUCACCUUUUUAAAGCCAUUAAAAGUAGAAAAGUACUUCUUCAGAAGUGGAAACACAGAGCACCCCGGUGAUAAACUGUUUAACACUACUGUUGAAGUGUUGCCAGAUGAUGAAAUUCUAAGAAAAGAACUGGUUGACAAUGGAAGUAAAUUUAACUACCCAGCAACCAAAGAUGGAUAUUUAAAAAUAGGGGCUUUUGAAAAUGGAAUUGCAGAAGGCAGUAUCAAUCAGGCAAUAGGAAAAAUACAGGCUAUUCGUUUAUCAGUCAAUUCUGAUUCUCCUGUAUGGGCAAUACUUAGUGAGGUACUUAUCAAGACAUUGGAAAACUAA